AUGACACAAACGAUUCAAAUCGAAACCGACGCCAUCGUUAUCGGCGGUGGCUUCGGAGGCUGCAAUUCCCUCUACAAGCUCCGCGAGCAAGGCCUAUCUGUGAAACUCAUCGAAGCCGGCAGCGCCUUUGGUGGCGUCUGGCAUUGGAACCGGUACCCCGGCGCUCGCGUCGAUACUGAAAUGCCCUCAUAUCAAUUCAAUAUUCCCGCCGUGUGGAAAGGAUGGAACUGGUCGCAGCGUUUCCCUGGAGAUGAGGAGUUGCGUCGAUACUUCCAGCAUGUUGAUUCUGUUUUGGGGCUGAGCAAGGAUGCUUUCUUCAAUACUGUUGUUACUCGCGUGCAGUACGAUGCUGGAUCUUGUCGGUGGACUGUGGUUACCAAUACUGGUCUGCAGGCUACUUGCAAGUAUCUCAUUGCUGCGACUGGGUCGUCAUACAAGAAGCAUUAUCCCGAGUUUAAGGGCUUGGAUACAUACGCUGGGAAGCUUGUUCAUGCUGCGGAUUAUCCCAAGGACUUGGAUGUCACGGGUAAACGUAUUGGGAUCGUUGGAAAUGGCGCCUCUGGUCUUCAGAUUGUUCAGGAUCUGGCUAAGAAAGACUGCCAGCUCAACGUGUUUAUUCGGACGCCCUGCUUUGCGAUUCCGAUGAGACAGCGUGAGAUCACUCCCGAAGAGGCUGAGAUGAUGAAAGGCUACUACGAUGGCAUCUUUGAUCGUUGCUACAAGUCUGUUACCGGUUUCCCUCACAACACUCGCUUGCAAUCGGCUCACCAGGCCACCCCCGAAGAGAGAAAGGUGUUGUUUGACGAGCUGUGGGCGCGAGGUGGAUACAGCUUCCUGGUUUCUAACUACUACGAUUUCUUGCUUGACGAAAAGGCCAAUUCCAUCUUCUAUGACUACUGGGUGCAGCAAAUUCGUGCCCGCAUGACGAAUCUGGAGAAGAUGGACCUGGUCGCUCCGUUGAAGCAGCACAUGUUGAUUGGGACGAAGCGACCAAGUCUUGAGCAGGACUACUAUGAGAUGGUUGAUCGUCCCAAUGUCACACUUCACAAUUUGAAACAGUCUCCUAUUGUGGAGUUUGACACCACUGGCUUGGUGACUUGCGAUGGAAGCAGCAGCAAACACCAGGAUUUGGACAUCGUGAUCUGCGCGACUGGGUAUGAUGCCGUAACGGGUAGCCUGCUAGAUCUGGGGAUCACCGACAAGAACGGUCAGUCUUUGGAAGAGAAAUGGAGCAAUGGUGUUCUGACGCACUUGGGCCUGAUGGUUCCUGAUGCUCCCAAUUUCUUCAUGGUCUAUGGACCCCAGGCCCCGACCUCACUCGCCAAUGGACCACCAUUCAUUGAGAUGGAAGUUGACUGGAUCUGCAAGGCCAUCGCAAAGAUGGACAAGGAAGGUCUAGGGUCUAUUGAGCCUACACAGCAGGCAGCCGAGGGGUGGCGCGAUCAUGUUGCCGCUGUGAGUGAGCAUACUUUGUACCCCAAGACUGAUUCUUGGUAUAUGGGCUCCAAUAUUCCUGGUAAACGCCGCGAGCCACUCAUCUAUCUUGGUGGUAUGCAGCGCUGGUGGCAGAGCUGCACGGAAGCUUUGGAGAACUGGGAUGGAUUUAGCACGAAAUGA